UGUGCAUACCUGUGCCAAUGUGCGCUGGAUUGUAUACAUGCUAGGGCAGAGAAGCAGAGGGCCCAUCCCAUCGGGUCCCAUAGAUGCGGAUAAUAAGCUCCCUCUCCCCCGGAGAACCCCAUUGUUCUCUGGGGCCUCUUUAAUAUGUAACCCGCUCCAUUGACAGGCCUAUGAGCGGGAGUUCACACGGAAGGGCGGCCUGAAAUAUUAAAGGGCCUGAUGACCUGCUGCAGGCUCGCAUUGUUUGCCCUUCAUUAGAGAGGAGAGCAGUUUCUGUGGAAGAGCAGAGCAGAGCAGCGGGGGAGAUAAAGGGAGGACGUACCCUCUAGUGAGCUGUGCUAGGGAUCCACAGGGACUAGGUAAUAAGUUUCUCUCGCUACUAUCUGAUCCUAUAAUGUACAUCAGUAGUGUAGCAUUAGUUUGUCAUAAUGAAAACUGGUAAAGGAAAACUACAGUGGAUUAGUCCUGGGAAGGAGGUUGCUUUGAAAACAGAAGCCAUGGCAGGACUCCAGAGAACUACCAAGGACCUUCAGGGGGUUUGGAGGACAAACUAGAAGGAUGGACGAGGAGGAAGCCCCAGUUCCUAAUGCCCCAGACUUUCUUGCCUCAGAGGACCCAGCGGAGUCCCCUGACCUAGAGGCCCCAGAAGAUCCCCCAGUAGAGAGUGGUGUGGAGGGAGGGGGAGUUCAGCCAUCCAGAGACAGCCGUAAACUGGACUGUAUCAUCUGCUACUGUGCCUUCAACCUGACUGAGAGGCUGCCACGGAAACUCUACUGCAGCCACACCUUCUGCCAGGCCUGCCUGAGACGCCUCGACACCAUCCUCAAUGAACAGAUGUGGAUCCCCUGUCCACAGUGUCGGCAGAACACCCCCCUCCCACGCGGGGGUGCUACAGCCCUGGACCUGGACCUAGUAGCCUUCUUGGGGGUCAAGGCCGAGAUGGAAAACCAGAGGUCCUGCUCACGGCAGGGAGGAAGAGAGCUAGGCACCCAGCUGGAGCACAAGCCCUCUUUUGGGAAGCAGUCCAUCAUAGAGCAGCCUCAGGCCACCUGGAACCAUGGAGGAUUGGCUGAGCCUCGCUUCCAUAGGAGCCCCUGCUGCAGGCGCUUCUUCUGCUGCUGGUGGUGCUGCUAGGCUGCUCAGGCAUGUAUGAAUGACAGGAGUUGGUUAAAGCAUCUGGCCAAGAGUUCCCAUUACAAUACCUCCUGCAGCUGAUUAUAGGGAUGCCUGGGCUUCCAAGGCUACAAAGUGGAAAAUACCUAGGGCCUGUCUGCCCGACCUAACCAAGACAACAGGCCUUAGUUGUGUGGGAGACAACAUUGAGUCUGUCGUUUUACAAAGAUAGUUUUUUUUUUUUUUUACAUUGUUGUCCGUUUACGAUUUGAAGACUCCUAGAAAAAUGUUUCAGCACUCAA